GAGAAAAGGAAGUCAUUUCAUGAGCGCAACAGUGCAACAAAAUAUUCAGUACUUAAAGGCCACAGGCAGACAGAUGUUGACAAAGAAGUCUCUUCUCAAACCAUGUUCAGAGAGAUUUCUGCCCACUGCCUAUAUAAAUAGGAGCAGAGGGCCGGUCACCUCUGUAACCACCGGCGGUAGCAGAAGAAGCCGCAGCCAGAGGGGCCUCGGAGCGGAGGAGGCACUGCCUACUCAAGAAGCUGCCUGACCGGGCGGCUCCCCCAGACGCCGGCUUCGCCUUGGCCCUCUUUCUUUUCCUUCCUCUCCUCCUUGGAUUUCCCCCUCUUUUCCUUAAUCACUUCCUUCUCGCUCCCGGUGGACUUAGGUCACUUUGUCCUCCACCCCCACUUUAGCUUGUCGCCUCCUCUUUCUUCCUUCGACAUCUCUCUCUCCUCGCCCCAUUCUCUCGGUGUCACGCUCCCUCCUAGUUCUGUGCGUCUACAAACUUUUGAACAGAAUCCUGGCCGCAGCAAACAAGUCCUCCAGCUCCUCCUGCUGCUCCUGUUCGUUCCUGCGGCCUCCCCCCCAGACACUAACACCAGACGGCGAUGCUUCUUGCGUUGUGACUCCAGCGCAGAAACUUGGAGGAACCCUUUGCUAACCGUCCUACUUGGCAGCAAAUCCUUUCUAGCGGCGAAUGGCCAUGUGUAGCGGAACAAGGCUGGCCCUGCUGGUCUACGGGAUAAUAAUGCACAGCAGCGUGUACUGCUCACCGGACACCACCGGGCUCCCGUUUCCCGGGAUCAGGUCGGAGGAUGAGGCGUACGACGAGGACGGAAACCAGCUGCAAAACUUCUAUGACUUGGAGCCGCCCCGCAUAGAGAGACCCGCCUCUGUGCACCGCGAAACCCACGCGCUCAACCACCCGGGGGAGAUAAGAGAUGUGGCCCACGCGAUCCUUCACAAGGCCUACCGCAAAGUGCUGGACCAGCUGUCCCGCAAGAAAUUACUGCAGAAGCUCGUGGCCAAGGGCGUGGGGACAAUUCAGCGCAAUCGCAUGGACGGGAUGGUCAUAUCGCAUGGACAGAGUGGCAUUCGAAGCGAUAACGCAAAAGAUGACUCGGAUCCGCUCUCCAAGCGCCACUCAGACGGAAUCUUCACGGACAGCUACAGCCGCUACAGGAAACAAAUGGCUGUCAAGAAAUACUUGGCUGCUGUCCUAGGGAAAAGGUAUAAACAAAGAGUUAAAAACAAAGGACGCCGAAUAGCGUAUUUGUAGCGAUGAGUUACCAGCUACCUUGUGUAUACAACCCUGACACAAUGAAAAGUCAUUUUCCUUACAAACUGGAACAGUCAUCGCUCAUGUGUUCUAUCCAAACAUUUAUUUAUGUAUGAAGUAAAGCCAUUAAAUGAAUAUUUUGAUAAUAAUAUUGUUUUUCUUUUUACAAAGCACUAGAGAAUGCACAGAUAUACUUUGUGGACCAAUUAUUGAUAUAUAUUAUAAAUAUAUAUAUUUAAGAAUAUAUAUAAGUAUAAUAGAGAGCAGUUCAUAAAAAUGUGCACCAGGAUUGAAAAUUCACCUGAGCUGUUUAUGUAUUUAUAUAAAAUAGAUAGAAAAAUAGACAAUCAUUGUUUUAAAUAUUACUCCUAUUUUUGUAAACUGGAAUUAAAAGGAUAGUAUUUUUAUCCACAACAGGCCUGAAGAUGUUAAUACUGACCAUUUGCUACUGUAUAUAAACAAUGAUGCCCUGCUUCAGGGAGAUUUUGAGGUAAUGGUUUGGGAGAAUUGCUGUAGGCAUUCUCUCCCAGUGAGUCUCUGGGGCAGGCUGCUUCAAUCCCAGCCCAACUCAACCAGGCACUAUCCCCUUUGCUGGGUGACAAUUCUAAUACUUCUGCUUUCUUUGAUUCUACUUUUAUGUGUAUUUGUCUCUCUUUGGACUCUCAGCCCACAAGGAAAUUCUCCCGAUAAAACAACAGCUCUAUCUAAAUUGUGCUUCUCCCCAGAAUUCACACCAUUCCCUGGGGCAGGAGUUGGGAGAUUAUACAGAGAAGGGAGACUGGAGUAGGAGCUCCCUUUUCUGUACUUCCAGGAAACCCACUAUCCCAAGGUUAGGACAAUUGGAACAAAGUGAAAGCAAUGCAGGUAUACUGGAAGAGGCAGAGCAUAAGGCAGCAGGAGGAGGACCCUGGAGAGGGACUCUUUUGGGGCUGCCCCAGGUCUGGGAUGCUGGGGUUAAGCCCAGUCCCCACCUUAGGUCCCCAGCCUGACUGACUGGGUGCUGGGUGUUUGAAAUGGAUGCAAAGUACAAUGUGUUUUUCUCCAGUGCUGUCCAUGCUUCUCAUCUUGUGAAAUGGCCAGGAUCCUCCCCUUUGAACCCUGCUCUGAAGGAGCCACCCUUUUCUUUGGUGUUCUUUUUCCUGAAGACUCUGCCUUCCUACCCUCUUGCACUGUUUAAGUACUGGUUACCAUUUUCAUUCACUUCUCUUGAACUUGUGAAUGUGUCUUACUUUUGUUGUUGUUUGAUGCAAGCGCUUAUUGUAAAGUUUAGGAAACCUUGUGUAGUUAUCACUAAGUAAUGAUGCACUAAAUAUGAACCUUUUGUUUCUUGUUUAUUGAGUUUGUAGGUAAAAUGUAUUUUUCUACAUUAUGGCUUAUUGCUUAGUAAAAUUUAUUUCAUAAACCAACCUUUGUCAUAGUAGAAUGUGUAGUGUUCACAUGUUGCUCAGUUUUACUAACUGAUAAAUCAUUUAAAACUCGUCUUAUGUAUGAGUACUAUCUUAUAUUUGUGGUCAAGAGUAAGGCAACAAGCUCCACCAGACCCUGAGAACUCCCCUUUGUAUCCUUUCUUGGCUACAAAAAGCAUGUCUGUCUGUUUCCUAUCAAUUUCUUGAACAUAUCAAGUACUCUCUAUAAACAAAAGAACCUUCACCCAACAACCAGAUCAAGCAACAACACGCAAAACAAACUCCCAGAUUUCAGGCACAGAUUCUUUUGAAAAAGAAGAAGAAGAACAACAAGAAAAGAUUAAACAUUAGCUUGUAAAGUCUAAAGGACCUUUCCUUUUCCUUUACGGAUUUGAUCAGUAUGAAGUCAUAAAUCAAAGAAAACAGGAUUGAAUUUGCAUUCCCAGGCGGGAUGGAUGCUGCCAGGAGAUCACAUUGCAGACAGUGAAAGCACAGAGGCUUUCGAUCUAUGCCUGAGUCCUGUGUAUGGGAUCAAUCUUUCUUUAAUUCUGCAGUCUCCUCAGGCAAUGUGACCUGGGACGCAGUUUGCAGCUGUAGUGCCUUUCUUUGCCUUUUAAAUCGCCACGAAUCACAGAUGGCUAUUUAGUGGCCCUACAAUGCUGCAACACAUCGGCUUGCAUUUUAGUCUUAAUUAUUUGUUUCUUGGAUAAUGGGCAGAAUUUUCUGUAUUUGUGUCAGCUGUUAGUGGUGAAAUAGGGCUCUAGUUAACCUUUUAUUUAUGAAGUCUAAUUUAGUGUUUCUGUGGCUAGUUGCAAGCAUUUACAGUGAUCAUCCAGUUUAAUCUUUUGUAUACUUUUUAGAAAUGCCAAGAGCCUUACUAACCUAAAGCAGAUUUAUGAUAUAGUGAUAAUUUAGGUAGAUGUUAGUCUUGAAGCUCUUAUUUUGUGUGCAAAUGAUUAUAAAAACAUCUUAACCAAGUAUUACACACAUGAUAUCUAUAAUUAGGUCUUUGAUAACUGUUAUAUGAAGUGUGUGAAAUUUGUAUGAAUAAA